AUGGCACAACCACUUAAGGAUAUUCCAGGUUUCUAUUGGGACAAAGAGAAGGGCAAAUACUUCGCAAUACAAUCUCAGGGACCCGCCGGCUCUGCCUACUCUGCACAAGAUGUCAAGAGGCGAAAGCUACGUGAUAGUCGAGAGGUCGCCGUUGCGGACGAGCGAAAGCGCCAAGCAGGCCGUAUCCGCCGCCGAAUUCAAGAAGAUCCACUCGCUGGAGGCAUUCUGAAUCGUGAGCAUGGGUAUGGUGCCUGUUUUGAACCUGCCCGGAUCUAUGCUAGCGGCCUCGUACGAAGUGGCUAUUUGGUACAAAGUGGCUAUAUGGUCUCCAAUCCCUCAAGUAUCUUUAAUGUCAGCUGCCAGCUGGAACCCGGCUCUUCGACGGUGAAUAUCCGAAGAGUGUUUGACACUGAAUCUUUACGGUUCGACCUGGGUGCAGAUAGCUCCGAAGGCAAUUUCGAGCUAUGGGCGACAAACCUUGACAAGGUUACCCAAUUUCACACGUUUGGAGUUCCCACAUCGGUUUGCGAAAGCGAAGACAAGCAGUCGUUUGCUUUCACCUGGCUGUCUGGUGCGGCCAAUUCAGGCAUAUUUACUGGCAUUACAGCAUUGGGGCGUAGCAGUAAUCUCGAUCGAGAACAUCCAGCUAUGGUGAUGGGUCCCGGUUUCUCACGAGGAAGCGAUGUCUCUAUGUUCUGCUCGACCUCAGCCCCAUUGUUGUCUUCCUCAAGAUUCGUCUUCGGCUCCAGUCAUGGCAUUCUAUCUUUAAAUAACAAUCUCGUCCUGACCUGGCUGACACCCUCUCCCAAAGACGAUCUUCGCGUGGUAGACGAUGUAUUCGCCCUUUCCUUCCUUACGGAUAACCCAACCAUACUCCUUUCCGGUGGCCGCAAAGGUAUCCUUGCUCUGAGCGACCUCCGCGCUCCCAUCACCAUAUUCGGCGCCGAAAAAAUCACCCAUCCAAGCACAAUAACGCACAUUCAGCCUCUUAACGCCCAUCAGAUCAUCGUUGCCGGCCUCAACUCCUCCCUGUGCCAGUACGACCUCCGCUAUCGCAAAGAUGAAUUCCCCAUCUCCCUGACUCACAAAAAAUCAAAAUCAAGACAAAACCCCGAACCGACCAGAUCGAUUCUCCAGUACCCCGCCUACCAAAACUCGGCAAACUGGCAAAUAGGAUUCGACGUGGACCUGGAAUCUGGUAUAGUAGCAGCCGCCCAAGAGCCCGACGAGUUUCACCCGUACGUGCAACUAUUCUCCUUGCGCGGAGGCCACACCCUCAAUUCACCAUUCGUAUCCGAGAAGUUCGGAGGCUACGGGGAGCAGAUUCCGGUGAAGUGCCUGCGGUGGGCCAAGGACUCGGACAGCGGAGUAAAGAGUCUGUAUGUCGGCCAGGGCGCCUCUGUCCAGCGCUACGCAUGGGGCGAGGGCACGCUCGAGCACAUUCACAGAGAGACUGGGUUAUCGAUUCCGCGUUAA